AUGUCAAGCACGCUCAAUGUCAACGUGGAGAAUUAUUUAAAUGAACAUGCAAAUGAAAGACACCAUCACAGAAGAUCAUCAACUACUACAACUACAACACCUACAAAGCAUAGAAGAGAUACUAAGGAUCAAAUCAUUGGGUUUGAAACUCCAUUAGAUCGUCAAUUACAUUUACAAAAAUUAAAUAGUUCAAAAUUUUUAAAUUGUUUUAUUUCAUUACAUUAUUUAACACAGGGGAACCAAGGAGAUCAAUGUUUUUAUGUUAGUGAAUUGAAAGAACGUUCAAUAAAUAUAGAUUUCCAAGAAUUUAAUGUUGAAAAUUUAAAAAAUUCAAAUAAUCAAAGUUUUAAAUUAAAAAUUUGGAUAAGUAAUUAUGAUUCACCUAAAAAUUGGAAAUUAUUAAUGGAUUUAGAUAUUAAUUUAUCAAAUUUAUUAUAUAUAAACAAUUCAAUUGAUUUAAUUCAUUAUGAUUUCAAGAAUAGUGUCUUUAUAUCAUUAUUUGAUGGGAUUUAUCUUUUACCAAAUGAAAAUUUUAAUCUAAUGGAAUAUUUAAAUAAUGUUAAAUCAACAAAGAUCCCCAAACCAAGCUUAUAUUCAUUUAAUUAUGAUUUAGUUAUGAAAUUAAAUAAUUUACAAUUAGUUAUUGAUGAUUUAUCAAAAGUUAAAAAGCAAUUAUCUCAAAAAAUUUCAUUAAAACUUGAAAAUACUCAAAUUUUAGAAUCUUUUAAAUUAGAUCAAUUGAAAACUAAAUUGGCAAAGCAAAAAGAAGUUAAUAAUAUCAAGAGACAAAAAUUAAAUGAAUUAUUAAACAUCAAGGAAAAAAAAUUACAAUUUUUAAAUAAACAAAAUUUAAAUAAAUUAUCAACUUUUCAAAAAUUCAAUUCAAUAAAAGAAGAAUUUAGUUCCCUCUUGAUCCAAAAUGAAACUAUAACUCAAGAUUUAAUAAUUGAAAGAUCCAGAAAAAUUAAAACCAUAUCUUCAAUUUUUCCUCUAGGUGAUAUAAGUGAAUGGUUAAAAAUCCCCAAUUUCCAAACCUUACCAGAUCAAUUAACACAAUCUCAUUUAACCCAGCUAUUAAACACAAAUGAUUUCAAUACAAUAGCACAAAUUAAUUCAAGUUUUGGAUAUCUAGUUCAUAUAAUUUACUUGUUAUCACAUUAUUUGGCAAUCCCUUUAAAAUAUCAAAUUUAUUCAUUUGAUUUCAAUAUGGUGUUAUGUUAUUGA